AUGGUCCACGCCGUGCUCCCCGCGCUGAUCCCGGACAUCCGGAAGAUCUACGAGGCCUACUUUGCUUCCUUUGACAACGAGCAGAUGGGCAAUAUUAUGUUGGGGAUCCUAUUCCCGGGCGGGGUCGAUUCCGAAGAGUUCCGGGCCGCACAUGCGGCGGGCACCCUGGAUUGGUGGCACAAGAGCGACACGCAAUACACGUACAAAUGCGUCGACAUGGACACGGCCGAGAUUGUGGGUAUGGGUCUCAUCGACGUGUACAUCAAACCCCGAACGGAGGAGGAACGCAAGAACGGGGGCGUUCCGUGGUUGGCGGGCGAGCAGCGGGAGCGGGCCGAGAAGGUGUUGAACCCGCUGUGGGAGGUGCGCGAGAAGCUGUUCGGCGGGCGACCGUAUAUCUAUACUCAUGUCAUCGGCGUCGCGCCAGAGCACCAAGGGAAGAAGGCCGGGGCUGCCAUCGUGUCAUUCGGAAUUGACCUUUGCAACCGCACCGGGCUGCCCAUGUACUUUGAAGCCUCUCCGACCUCGGUUAACAUGUAUGAGAAGUUCGGUUACGAAAGGCUAGACGAGACCAUUGUUCACAAAGCGGAGCUGCUCGGUACCGAGAAGGACGUCGUGGUGCCCCUCAUGGUGCGGAUGCCCAAAAGAGCGGGCGGCAUGACCUUUCGCGAGUGGAGGGAGAAAGGGUACCCCGACUUCGGCAAACUCGGCACCCCGGCAGCGACCUCCGGUUUGUGGCGUCAGAAAUAA